ACACACCCACUCCUCCCCUUUCACCUCUUUCUGCUGUUGGCUAACGUGAAAGGGAAAGACCGCCGGGCGGUGGGAACAAGACCCAGCUGCACCUCCUUUCUCCUCUCCCGGCGUGUUGCUGAGACCUGGGAUGGGAACCGGAGGCCAGAGAGGCCGCAGUGGCUGCAGACGCGGUUAGCUAGCUGUUCAGCUUGGAGUUAGGGAAAGGAAGGAACUGCCUUUAUUGUGCCUGGGAGAACAGAUAGCUCGGGGUAGGGAAGGAGAAAGGGGUCCCCCUCUAGUUCCAUGUGGGCCCCUGCUCCUGGGGAGCUGUAGCAGCUCGGGUCGGGGAGCAUUGCGGGGCGCGAUGGAACGUUGCUGAUUGUCUCCGCGUUCCAAGCGUCCCGGGCGGGAUUGUUUCCGAUCCGGCUGCGUUAGGGAGGCAGCUGGGGACCGGCCGCCUUCCCCGGGUCCAGCCAUGGCCCCCAUGGGCAUUCGCCUUUCUCCGCUUGGCGUGGCCGUCUUCUGUCUGCUAGGGCUGGGCGUGCUCUACCACCUCUACUCUGGCUUCUUGGCUGGCCGCUUCGCCCUCUUCGUCUUGGGGGGAGACCGAGGAGGCGGUCCCGACUCGCCAGGCUCUCAGGCCGAUGGGGGCACGGUGGACCUCCGCGAGUUACUGGCCGUGUCCGUUCUGGCCGCCGUUAGGGGAGGGGAGGAGGUGAAGAGGGUCCGCGAGAGCAAUGCUCUCAACGAGAAGGCCAAAGGGAAAACCCGGGAAGGAGCCGAGGAGAAGAUGACCAGUGGGGAUGUGUUGUCCAACCGCAAAAUGUUCUACCUUCUGAAAACCGCCUUCCCCAAUGUGCAGAUUAAUACUGAAGAACAUGUGGAUGCAGCUGACCAGGAAGUUAUCUUGUGGGAUCAUAAUAUCCCUGAAGAUAUCUUGAGGGAGAUAACCAAACCCAAAGAGGUCCCAGCAGAAAGUGUUACUGUCUGGAUUGAUCCACUUGAUGCUACACAGGAAUAUACAGAGGAUCUUCGGAAAUAUGUCACUACAAUGGUGUGUGUAGCUGUCAAUGGUAAACCGGUACUGGGAGUAAUACAUAAGCCAUUCUCUGCAUAUACAGCUUGGGCAAUGGUGGAUGGUGGAUCCAAUGUGAAAGCUCGUACUUCCUACAAUGAGAAGACACCAAGGAUCAUCGUGUCUCGCUCCCACUCAGGAACAGUUAAACAAGUGGCUCUUCAGACAUUUGGGAAUCAGACUACAAUCAUACCUGCAGGUGGUGCAGGUUACAAAGUUUUAUCCCUCUUGGAUGUGCCUGAUGAGAACCAAGAAAAAGCUGAUAUCUAUAUCCAUGUGACGUAUAUUAAAAAAUGGGAUAUUUGUGCUGGCAAUGCCCUCCUCAAAGCUCUUGGGGGUCAUAUGACCACCUUGAGCGGUGAAGAGAUAAGUUACACCGGCUCCGAUGGCAAUGAAGGGGGACUUCUAGCCAGCAUCAACAUGAACCAUCAGGCACUGGUCAAAAAACUCCCAGAACUUGAGAAGACAUCCCACAAAUGAGCAGAAGGUCUACAAGGAUACGCUUCUUCUUCCCAGAGCUGAGAAGGGUCAGUCUGAAGGGCCCUGGGCUACAGACAAUCUGUGGAAGACUGUGCAUGAGGCCAUCCAGUCUUCUUGAGAUGAUGGAAAGCAACAGGGACUCCCCCCACUCCCUACUCCCUUCCCUUUAAGAUGCAAGAUUGAGGAAGAUGGGUCGCUUUUUAUCUCACUCGCCAUCUUUGUUUUGGAGACUGUUUUCAUGCAGUUGUCACACUCAAGGUGCAUAUAUGUAGAUAGAUUGUGGGUUGAAAUCUAGAUCUGAACAGACCAUAUUUGAGUGACUUAUUGCAACAGCAUCAUUAAACCUAUAGUACUUUUCAUAAAGAGUAAGGAAGAACCAAGGAUUAAUUUUGAAAGCUCACUUGGCAUUACUUUAUAAUGUACCUUGCUAAAAAUGAGGUCCCAUCAAGGAUUUCUCCCCAGUUCCAUUUGGAUGGAAAGCACAAGGAGCCAAAACACCCAUCUAUAUGCAAGAAAUAAAUAACUGUAUUUGUCUGUGAUAGAAGAACAUUUCUGACUGAUUAAAAAUAACAGAACAGUUUGAUUUGUUUUUUCCAGAACUUUUAAAAGUUGGUCAUUGAGCUGGUAGAAAAUAUUGAAUUUUUGAUGAUUUGUAAAUCAUAACUAUUAUUUCUGUGUAUUUUAAAAGAAAAUUAUGUUUCUCGACAUAGCUUUAAAGUCUUGCCGUUGAUUUUCACUUUCCCUGUGAAAGAUGCAUGACUCACUGGGUGCUCCCCCAACCCCCUUCCCCAUCCUAAUUAUUGAUUCUUCUACUUGUAAGUUUUAUUCUGGAGUUUAAGAAUUGGCCUUAGGGAUUUUGCUAUACAUUUUCAUGAUCUAUUUUUAAUGAAAAGACUGUUGGGGGAAUUAGGGACCGAAAAAUGGAUCACAAAAAUAUAAAGGAAUUGUUGGUAAUUGAAAAUUGAUGUUUGGUAGUACCAGAGUUGAGCUAGUCUUUACUCCCCCCCCAAAAAAUGUUCAAAUUAACUGUGAUUUAAAAAAGGAGUUUUAUCUAGUUUGCAUUUAAGAGAUCUGAUCUUUGUAGUAAAUUCAUCCAGAAGGA